AUGGAUGCGAACCGUAAUGGUCCAGGGGAGCGACGGGAGGAUAUUACUAGGCCAAACGCAGCUGGGAGCACCCGGUCGACUGGGAGCUCACGAAGCGGCGCAGCUGCUAAUCUCGAGACCCACGGAAACCCUAUGGAACCCGCUGGUGUUGUUCAAGGUCGUGCUGUCGAGAAUGCACUCAGCAUAGUUGAGAGCAGUGGCUCUUCAGCAGCUCAGAGUGGUACGGACGAGAGACACGUUGUCGCAGGCACAGCUUCGGCGGCAGCAGCUGCAGACGGCGGCAGUGCGCAGUCUGAAAGCGCGCCUCGAACUGGCCUUAUUUCCGCAAACAACGUUGUCGCAGGUGCUCAUACAGGGGACACAGGCUCGGCGGGACACCUCUCGUCUUCGGCGUUGUCUUCCGCAUCGUCUGAAGACGAGCCGCCAACCUACGUUCCACGCAAGUAUCUCAACAAGAGUACGCCGCCUGCCACAGCGAGCGACGCUGUACACGGGACCUUUCAAGCCGCCAUGAAUCGGAGUUUGGUUGACCAAGACGCAGUGGCGAUUACAGUUGACGAUAUUGCGGGGGCGCAACCUGCGCAGGGUCCACAUCCAUCGGGGAAACAGUUAGCUGCAGCACGUCAGGGGAUGCAGGCUGCCUUUCCCAAAACAUCGCCGUCUUUUGGCUCUGCAGGGCCCGCUGGCCGAUAUCCAGGCGAUGCGCAAGCUUCCACGUCGCUUCCAGCUGGUGAUUCCAUGCGGGGCUUUGGUAAGUUCAAGGCCCUCAGACACGUGUUCAACAAGAAGUUGCGAAGUUCGCCGGAUCACGGCGAAUUUUUUAUGGAUUAUUAUGCGAUGCUUGUCUACGGGAUCUACCCGGAUGGCUCGCUGUACGCGCGCACCCUGGCGGAAUCGAUGAAGAAGGCGCUUGGUUCCAGUUCGACUGCCACCAAACAGUGUGCAGAAGAGUCUUUACCUCAGCAUGAUGCGAAUGGAGAUUCUGCCGACGAACCUGCGAUGAGUGCAGCGUUGCCACCCCUCUGGAAUCGCCGAUGCGGUCUCUUCCAGUGUUGUGGAUUUUCGCUCUGUGCGUGCUCCGUGGAUUCGGACACCGUUGAGCGCAAUCUAGCAGAACUGAAGAGUAUCGCGAACCUCUUAUCACCGCGUCAGUGGCUCCUCAAUGCACCUCUGUUGACAGUCGGUGGGUUGUUGGCAGCCCUUGCAUCUGGCGUUAUUUUUCCCGCGUAUCUGUUCCUUUUCGGGCACGUCGUGAAUUACUGGGCACAGAUCUUUUACGGUGUGAUCGCUGGAAACCCAGUGUCGAGCAUUCAUCGCUACCUUAUCGGAUUCGGGGUGAUCAGCGGUGCCGCUGCGUUUGUAGUUCUCUGGCAGAGUCGCUCGCUUGGUACGAUUGGUCGCCGUGUCCGUUACCGACUCCGUCUCUGGUCGUUUGCUGCGCUUCUUUUGACAACGGGUGUCGGCACGGAUCGACUCGAUCGCUGGCUCUUCGAACAGAACACACUGGAUCGAAUGGAGCUACUUGUAUUGGACGCUGUGGAGCACCUGUCGAGUGUCGCUUUGUACGCAGCGCAGGCUAUCAGCAGCUUUAUUUUCGGUAUCAUUGAAAGUUGGUUUCUGACUUUGGUGCUUCUGGGCACGACGCCCAUUCUUGCUGGUCUGGGCAUGCUCCAGCUGUUCGUUACACGCAGGGCCCAGCAGCGGUACGAAGAAGCAGCACGGAAAGCUCGUGAGUUUCUGCAACUGUCCCGAGCUGCGCUGCCGAACGUCGUCUAUCUAGAACAGUUCCAGAAGGAGUUCCAACGGCUUUACGAGUUUACGGAUGUGGAACGUGAACAUGAUGCGCGGCUGAACCUCUUGCAGUCCUUGCUACGCGGUCUGACGUUUGGCCUCGUGCUCGCUAUUUUCGCGGUAUUGGGUAUUUAUAUUGGCGGGCAUCUUGCCAGAACGAAGCAUCGCUCAAGCGGCCGUCUAGUAACCGCCAUUCUGUUCGCCAUCAUGCUUAUUAUCAGCUUGCUUCGAAUGACGGAGAAUCUGGUGCGUUACUCGCACGCACGCCAGAACCUCUAUGCGUACCUGGAUUUCGUGCUCGAUAUCGUUGAUGCUAGUCAGGCAGGAUUGGGAACUGUUUUGCGCGUCGACGACCGCUGCGUACGCGUUGUUUUCGAUAAUGUCUCGGUCAAGGACGAUCCUGAGGACUGGGCAUCGAAAGCCUCAUCCACCGCAUCGCCUCUUGAAGAGGAUCGCGGCGUCUCGUCAACCACCAGUGGCCGUAGCGGGAGCGCACCCGCCUCCGCACAGUCCCCAGGAACCCCGUUCGGCUCUUUUGCGGAGUCAUAUACGCUCGAUCCUAAGGUCCCGCGGCAUGGUAUCGGCAGCCGUUAUGCGCAGUACGUGUUUCAUAGUCUGAACCUCACCAUCGAACAUCACCAGAUCCAUUGUAUCAUUCUACGGAAACGACGCGAGGAGCGACUGCUUUUGGAGCUACUUUCGGGUAAGCGCCGCCCCGACAGCGGCAGGAUCAUGCUUGGCGAGCACCCGAUGCAGGAUUACACAUCUGCGGCCCUGACGGCUGCCAUAGGCUUGGUGCCCUGGCGUGGUAGCCGUCUCAUUGCCGGCCUGACUGUUUUCGAGAACAUCGCUUUUGGUGCUACUGGGACAUGCUUUGCGGAAGUACGCCGUGCGGCCUCGUUAGUCGGUAUGCAUGAGGUGAUUCUACGUCUUGCGAACGGAUACCAGACCAUGGUUCCAUCAGCGAGAACGGCACAGGCGCUUUUCACGUCGUCGCAGUUGCAGGCGCUGGGCAUUGCACGCGUCCUUCUCCGUAAUCCGAGUAUGCUUCUGUUGGACUCGGAGAGUUACGCGGCGUUGCUCGAUAUGACGGUGAACGGUGUCGCACUGGACCUGAAAGCGAUCUGCACGGGUCGCACUGUCGUUUUCGUGCUGCGUGCCGACCUCGUCGAGAGUCUCUACUUUGCCGACAUGAUUAGUGUCAUCGAAAGUGGACACGUCGUCGAGCAAGGACCCCAUUACGUACUCAUGGAGCGCGCUCAUGGCAUCUAUGCGCAAAUAGCUCGGGCAAGCAUGGCGCGCGAGGUAGACCUCGGCAACCUGACUCUUGACGAUGAUGACGAUGUGACCGGAGGUAUCGCUGAUGACAGCGGUCGCGAUGGAGCGGGUACAUCGUGA